CUAGUCGCCUCGAACCCACCGGUCACAUCAGACCUAUCUCCAAAGGAGAGGAAGAACGAUCGCUUCCUCCACGCACUACCCCUUGCCCUUGGACGUGCAAUGUCCGGCGUGCAUGUCCUAAUGAUGAAAGGGCUGCAUGGCUCCAUGCCCUAUGCUUUCAUCCUUGCGCUCGCGCAAUUCGAAUCACUCCAGACACUACAUUUAUCUUCUUGCAGGCUAAGCAACAUCGCACAUCUGCGGCGGAUCGUCGCCUCCUUCCCUAAACUCGAGGAGCUCGCAUUGUACGGCGAGGUACUCACAACACAGAGUUCUGGAAUCCAUGUGGGAGCCAGUGCGCUGUUCCAGCCCGAAUCUGACAUACGUCUUCGACGUCUUACGAUUGACGCAAGGGGCGACGCGAGGAAGUUCAAACCCAUCAUCGACUGGGUCGUGCACGCGAGGAUCUGUACUUCCCUCGUUGAACUGUCAAUCGGGUGGAUAGGCGAACCGACACGGAGCAUCGAGGCAGUUGAUAGGCUUCUCAGGGUAGCCAGUCCCUCCCUGACGCGGUACAGUGAGGUCGCCAACCUUUCCAACUGGCAUGGCAAUCUCAUACCAAACACGGUUUUGCGGUCCUUAGACUGCACGCUAACCAACAUUAAUCCACUGGGUCAGUCAUCCGACAACUGGCCCAAGAUGGUGGACAAGCUGCGCAGCAUCCUCUCGACAGUUCGAAGCCGCCAGCUCGAACACAUUGGACUGAGCUCCGGGGUAAUGCUCUACGACAGCGCGUACGGUGAGCUGGGCGUUGUUGUCGAGAAGCUGGACCUGCGACACCUGCAUGAGGUCAUGAGCAGGCCGUACUUCGAUGCGCUGAGGGAGAUCAAGAUGAAGACGUUGCUAUAUGAUUCGCACAAACGGAGCGCGGCGGACGUGGACGACAUCGGGCGAAAGAUCGAGGUCGUGUUUCGUACCCUGCUUCGGCCAUGGUCGGACCGCGGCAUAGUCGACGUAGUCUGGACGCAAUGAGACACAAUCUCAACGAUAAAGAUUGUUGAAUUCAAUGAUGAACCUGAACCUGAACUCACCUACAUUCCGCCACGGGCUCGCUCAUCUAUAUGUAUCCAUCA